AUUUUAAAAUGACGAAACCAGUUCUUUUUAGUGGGUAUGCAGUUGGUGGUUUCUUGUUACUUUUAACAUUUAUGCUCAGUUAUUCAAACUAUUCUAACAUUAAGAUUUUGGUAGAGAAAGGGUUUCCGAACGCUAACAGUGGAAGUCUGAGUCUUACAGAGGAUAAGUGUUCCUGUUCUUUACCACAAUCAAAGGUGGAUGCUGUGGGAGGUUGGAUAUAUAGUGAAGCGACAACUCGGAAUCAUCAUGUCAGAUUUGAUGAUGGGCUGGGAAAGGAAAUAUUAAGAUUAGUUUUAAAAAACACUCCUCCAAAAGAUGAUGAGAGGAAACCAACAAUAGGAGAUAUUGGAGCAGGAGUUGGACAGUUCGGUUCGUGGUUACAAUUACAGGGAGAUACAACAGUAGACUGGACAGGGUAUGAUGGUGGAAGUAAUGUAAAUUCAUUUUGUGGAAAAAAUGUUUCACUUAUUGAUGUUGCGGUUUAUACAGUGCCGAAGGUUUGUUUCCUAGACGCGAGUAUUCCUGUAAAAAGAGAAGAUUUUGAUGCUCUGGGUGCUCCGUUUGACUGGGUGAUAAGUAUAGAAGUAGGAGAACAUAUCCCGGCAGAAUAUAUGAUGGUCUAUAUAGAUAAUCUGAUUCGGUUAAGUAAAUAUGGCAUAAUCCUGUCCUGGGCUGUCGUAGGACAAGGAGGACAUGGUCAUGUUAAUGAGAAAUCAAAUCAAGAUAUUAUCAAGAUCAUGGUGGAUAGAAGUCUGGUUUAUCUUCCUAAAGAAUCAGAAGUGUUUAGAAGUCGUGUUGACAGACUUGGCUGGCUAAGGAAUACAUUGAUGGUGUUUUCUAAAGUGGAUGGAAUGGAUGCUUUAUAAUACUACCCUUUACCCUUUUCAAUUUCGAACAAUUUGAGGGUAUCCCCAUUAACAAACGCUCUCUUUACUCGAUGAUCAGUCACUUGAAAUUACGCCCACAGUCCCUUUAAGUGAGUCAGAGGGGGUUUGAUACAACAACUUUAUGCUAGUGAAUUUCCGAGCGUUAAACUCUCCUGUAAAGCAACAAUGAAAAGAUUCAAUAAAGAAAAAUAUAACGCUCACAUGGAUCUCCAGCAACAACAAAAACUUUCGCAAAAGAAUGCAAAAUUUUAGGAUUUUAUUUUUGUUGUUCGCAAACUUUUUCGAAUUUUGUGGGGGGAAAAAUGUGCAACAAUUUUGCGGAGAAAAAAUGCGACUUUUUCACGAAACAAGAAUGCGGAUUAUUUUGUUUCUCGAAAUUUUUUCCGCGGAACAGAUUAACACGAAAUUUCACUUUUUUUGCAUUUCUUUAAUAGGAACGGAAUGCAAAAUGUUGAAAAAAGAAUAGAACGUUCGUUUCAUUACCGGUAUUUUCCGUUUUUUAAAGUUACCGUUAGUUAACGAUUUCAAUUUUAUUAAUGUCAUUAACGGAAACAAUCGGUCAUUAACGGUUUUUUGCAAUGAAGAGCAUUAGCCUUUCAGAAAUUGCGCGAAGCUGGAUUUUUUUUUGACGGUUUGUCAACUCUUAAGGGUGCAAGAGGGGGGGGGAGUGCAGAUGUCCUCAAUUAGUAAUCACAGCCACCCAAACGUGUUUUGCGGCAUGCGCGCUCCUCAAUUUGUAAUCUCCAUCAUCUCAAUUUGUAACCUGCAGCAUAAAAUAUUGUUUUCUGAGAUUUUAGUUUAAUGCAUUUUUAACACAGUAUUUGACAUUUAUAGGGGGUUCAUGGCAUGCAUGUUGGCUUAAACUAAAUUCUCAAUUUGAGUUUACAUUAGCUUGGUCAACAUAAACUGAGAAACAAGGCCUAGUUUAUUUUAGCCGAAUCUUAGAUCAAAUUUGCCAAUUAAAUGACUGCAUUUCAUGAUUGGAGUUAAGAUACUAAAAGGUCUGGCUGCUUUUUUUCGAAACUGAGGAGAAAAAAUUUAGAAAGCUUUAACACUUGUAGUACACCAUAGGGUCAUUAACAGAGGUCAAUUUGGUCUUAUUUAUAUUAAAUGAACGGUUUAAUAUUCACAUUUUUAUUUCUGAUUACAAAUUGAGGUGGUGGAUAAUUACAAAUUGAGGAGUGCGUUUGCCGCAAAACACAUUGGGUGGCUUUAAUUACCAAUUGAGGUCUUUCCAUCCCCUCCCCCCUUGUGCAAGACGUUAUACAGUUGAUUGUAGUAUAAACGGUUUGCCAAAACUCUAAAAUUUUCAUUAAAAAAACGUGAACAGUUUAUCAAAUUGGAUUUACGGCACAAGCUGUCACUAAAUUGCAGAAAAAAAACUAUUAAAGUUUUAUCAUGUAAGUAAGAGCCCCCCCGGCUAAAGACGACGACAUUCAAAAACAUCAAAAUUAAAAGAACAAACUUUUUUUGCAAGUUUUAUGCAAUUUUAGCCAAAUAUCCCUAAAGUGACUAAUUAUAUACUAAAUUGAUGUUUCCGGCCAUGUAGAAUUAAAUACAGAAUAUUUUCAUUUUUUGGCUAUUUUAUUAGUGUAAGAUGAUUCAUGUAACACCCUGUAUAUACAUAAUUAUCGAUCUAUUUAUGUAGAUAUUUCUUAUACAAUAAAUCUGCGAGUAGUU